AUGAUGGAUGCUGGUGUCUCCUUAGACCCUCUGCACGCCAGGAGCCAUCUCAACAUCAGCCACAGCAAGAUCCACACCUCCCUCGUGGAUUCGGCGGCAAACAGCACCAGUGUCAGCGCUCACAACAUCCGGAACGCACUGCUGGGGUUCAUGCUGGGGCUUCUGUCUCUCCUCACUAUCGUCAUGAAUCUGCUGGUUUUAUACGCUGUGAAAAGAGAGAAGAGCCUGCACACGGUUGGGAAUCUCUACAUCGUGAGCUUGUCUGUGGCUGAUCUAAUCGUCGGCGCCACCGUCAUGCCGCUGAAUCUUGUAUACCUGCUGGAAGACGAGUGGAAAUUGGGUCGCGCGGUCUGUCAGUUCUGGUUAAUCAUGGACUACGUUGCAAGUACGGCCUCCAUUUUCAGCUUGUUUAUUCUGUGCCUGGAUCGCUACCGCUCCGUGAGACAGCCCCUGAAGUAUCUGAAGUACCGCACAAGAGGCAAAGCGAGCGCCAUGAUCUCCGGAGCCUGGUUGCUCUCAAUGAUGUGGAUCAUUCCCAUUUUAGGCUGGAGAUCUUUCACCCACGUUGAUCUGAAGCCAGAGGACGAGAACCAGUGCGACACAGACUUCCGCUUCGUGACGUGGUUCAAAGUCAUCACCGCUAUCUUUAACUUCUAUGUCCCCUCGAUACUGAUGCUGUGGUUUUAUAUGCACAUUUACAGAGCGGUGAGGCAACAUCUGCGAGACAGAGAAAGGAUUAUUCACCCGACAGACUCCUUUGGGGAAAACGAACCAAACGACGCAACUCCAGAACCUCCUGAAUCACCCAAAAAGGACAAAGACAAGUUGAGAAAAAUCUCCAAAACCCAUCGCUUGCUUGACCAGAACACUUUAGACCAGGCUUAUUCCCUGGAGGAGAUGGACCGGGCCAAAGUCGCCGUGCCCAAAGCAGUGAGUGGGAAUAGAGUACCGGACACUCAGGGGUACAAGAAAGCAAUUUGCAGCCAGUGUGAAAUCCAUCACUCAAAUGCCCCCUGGAAAGAAGAGGACAUUCAAAGCGACAAAACAGGCGAGGAGGGUGAGGCGACGUUAAAGCAGACGUGGCAAAAGUUCAUUGACAAUUCUCGGCAGCGGAUACAGAGUUUGCGUAUUCAUAAAGAGCACAAAGCGGCAAAGCAGCUGGGGUUCAUCAUCGCAGCUUUCCUCUUGUGUUGGAUUCCGUAUUUCAUAGCCUUCAUGGUCCUGGCGUUCUGUAGGGAGUGUGUGCACCAUGACUUACACAUGUUUACCAUAUGGUACAGGGCUAGGAGUGAAGUGAGCCAGCCGGAGCCCGUGGCUGGAGGUGGGUCUUUUAUGUAUACGUCGGACCUAUGCACGGACAGCCAAUUCCACUCCCCAGCAACACCUACAGAGAAUAGCAAACAUAUACAUGGCAACAAGAGGGCAGCCAAGACGGGGCCAUGA